AUGCGGACCUCGCGUGGCCAACGAGCGGCAGCGCUCCUCGCCCUGCUGUCCUCCUUCGCCUGCGCCGUCGAACCUCCUCGGGAGGCUCACCAACCCACAGGCAACGGGCAGGGGCUUCUCACCUUCAACGAAACCGUCGAACCCAAAAGCCUUUCCCCGUCGCUCCAGGUCGUACGCUGGGCCACCUGGGGCGUCGAUGGCGCCUACGUCAACCCCGACGAGGAUGGGAACCUCGUCCUGUACCAGGCCGGCACCGGUGAACCCCAGGAAUUCGUCACGGCCGACAAGCUGGUGGAGAGUGCAAACGACUACUGGGUCAGCCAUGACAAUAGUACGGUGCUCACCGCGAUCAACGCCACGAACCAGUACCGCUACUCGUUCCGUGCCGACUACUUUGUCAUCGACGUCCGGAGCGGCAGCCGGAAGCCGCUGGUGGACGACCAGGCGGGCGAUAUCCAGUACGCCGUCUUUGCGCCCCGCGGACGGCACAUCGCCUUCGUCCGAGGCAACAACAUCUACCUGAGGAAUGGCGACGGCGAGGUGACGAAGCUGACGUCGGAUGGAGACCCCGAUCUGUACCACGGCGUGCCCGACUGGGUCUACGAAGAAGAGAUCCUCUCCAGCCGCUCGGCCCUCUGGUUCUCUCCCGACGGCGCCUCCAUCGCCUUCCUGAGCUUUAACGAGACGGGCGUCGGCACCUCGACCGUUCCCCGCUACACUGAUCGAAAGCACCGGGCGCUGCCGUACCCGGCCGAGACCAGGCUCCGCUAUCCCAAGGCGGGAACGAGGAACCCGACGGUCGGCCUCAGCAUCAUCGACGUCUCUUCCAAGAAGCUCUCGAACGUCCCCUUGAGCCGGUUUCCCGACGGCAGCGGCAUCGUCGGCGAGGUCGCCUGGGUCACCAACGGCCACGCGGCGCUCGUGUACCGCAUCUUCAACAGGGUCCAGGACCGCUCCAGGCACGUCCUCGUCAACAUGGAAACCGGACACCCUCGCGCCUUUGUUGUCCGGGAGCGCGAUUCCCCCGACGGCUGGCUCGAUAAUUCCAUGGCCAUGCGCUACGUCGGCAAGCUCGAGGGUCGGCCCGAUGACGGCAAAAAGUACUACGCUGACCUGUCGGAUGAGUCGGGCUGGACGCACAUUUACCUGUACCCGACCAGAAGCAACUCCUCCAUCCAGCUCACCGACGGUGACUGGGAGGUCGAGGCCAUCCUCCACGUCGACGCCUGCCGCGGCCUCGUCUACUACACGGCCGCGAAGCGCCACAGCACCGAGCGGCACGUCUACAGCGUCUCGUGGGUGACGAUGGAGUCGUCACCCCUCGUCAACGAUACCGUGCCGGCCUUGUGGCCCAACGUGCCUUAUCAGGAAGUGCGUGCAACCGACGGCGGGAAGGCUCUUCAGACGCUGACGGCCAACGCCGACGUGCACGAGGCGCUCAAUGAGUACAAGCUGCCCAACAUCACCUACUUCGAGCUGCAGAGGGACUCCGAUGCCGACCGGCCCAACAUGACCGACUUGGAGAAGGAGAUGGGCGGCUACAAACUCAACGUGAUGCAGAUCCUGCCACCCGCCUUCAACCCCGCCAAGAAGUAUCCCGUUCUCUUCUGUCCCUACGGCGGGCCUAACUCGCAGGCGGUCCUCAAGUCCUUCCAGCCGUACGACUGGAAGACGUACAUUGCGUCCGAUCCGGAAUUGCAGUUCGUCAUCUACGUCGUCGACAACCGCGGCACCGGAUUUCAGGGCCGCCGCUUCCGCAGCGUCGUCGCCCGUCAGCUCGGGAAGCUUGAGGCCGACGACCAGAUUUGGGCGGCCAAGGAGCUUAUCAAGACCAAAGGCUUCAUCGACGACGGACACGUCGGUAUCUUCGGGUGGUCCUACGGCGCCUUCGUCGCCGCCAAGGCCAUCGAGAAGGACGAUGGAGUCUUCACCUUUGGCCUCGCGGCCGCUCCCAUGAUCGACCCGCGCCUUUACGAUUUCAUGUACAUUGAGCGAUACAUGAAGACGCCGGGGACGAACGCCGCCGGCUACGAGGAGGCUGCCGUCCGUCGCGCCGCCGGCUUCCAGAAUCUCGCCGGCGCCUUUUCCGUCGCCCACGGCAUGGCCGACGACAAUGUCCACUUCCAGAACACGGCGGCCCUCGUCGACGUGCUCAUCGGCGACGGCCUUUCGUCAGACCGCCUCCGGAUGAUGGCCUUUCCUGACAGCGACCACACGAUUGCGCACCACGGCGCGUGGGUGUAUCUCCACAAAUUCUUUACGGCUCGCCUCUGGGACGAGUUGCAGCGGACGUCGGACGCCCGAAAGACGCACCAGUGGAGCAAGAAGGAGUCCCCGGAGGCGAGGCCCGAGGUGCGAUGA